AUGGCAACCGAGGCCCGCGAUGCCGCCAUCCGAGAUGCGAAGCGCUAUGUUCGCGAGAUCGUCCGGAACGACUGGGUCUUUGAACCCUCCUCCGAGCCUGGCGUGCCAUCAUUUUCAUCUCCCCCCACUCCCGGCCAAGAUGUCCUACAUUGGCGUCAACGCGAAUAUGACAGCUCCGGCUCCGAGCUAGAACCCCAGCCGUCGCCCGCCAUCAGCCCUGUUGGUGGACAACAACAGCACAAUGCCUCUGAGCUUGCCAGCCCGCUCGGAACCCCGCUCAGUGACGACUCCGAGCGGAGGCGCAAACGGCGCCGCCAGAUGGAGGAGGAAAUGCAAUGGAACAAAGGCCUCCGGACAUGGGUAGAGCGUCGGGACGCGUGGUCUGGAGCUCUCUCAAGGGACGAGAUUCGAGCAAGAGAAGCAAAGACCCAGCAGGCUGCUACGCCUACGACAUCAUCCUCGGAACUACCACAGAAUGCGUCCGUGCCUGCUGCUACCACAGCAGCCACCCCUCCCCUCUCCGCUUCUUCGGCCAAUUCCCAAAACGACCUCGCCCUGCGAACUGAAGCUUCCCUCAGCAUCGCCGAGAACGAUGGCGCGCUCCCACGGCCGCCAUCUCGCGGCGAAGAACCCUCCACAGCAGCAGAACAACCACCCCCGCCUCCCCCCGCAGGGGACGACGAGAACCAAGGUGAAGAGUCUUCUUCCUCCGCAGAUACCGGAUUGACUCAGUCCGACUCUACGCAUCAACAACCCAGUAGCGAAGACCCUUUCAUUCCUGUCGUCUCGUCCCUCAUCUCCAACGACAACCCCAUCCGCGCCUCCAUCACCCCAGCGAUGUACCCAUCCAUUUACUCAAAAGUCGUCAUCCAGGGUCUCACCCCCACUGUGCCGAUCAAUCUGGCAGAUGUAACCAAGGCCAUGGUCCAAGGAUGGAAAUCUGACGGCCAAUGGCCCCCGAAACCUUCCUCAAUCGUGCUCCAAGACACCGCGACGGUGCGGCCCAAACCUGAGGAACCCGCAGAUAAGCCGCCGUCGUCGCCCGAGUCCAAGCGGCGCUCGGGUGUAGCCAGCGCCGUGCGCAAAGUCUUUCACUUUUCAGGCUUUCAUCCCCAUCAUCCGUUCCACCGGAGAGGAUCAAGCAGUCAGCAGAAUGAAGGGGGUGCUGAGGGAGACUAUCACGAUGACUUUGGGUUCGGGUACCGGUUUGGAGGUUCUCAUGACUUAUCAAAUGGACGCUCGCAUGCAUGCAUGCAUCCACACGCAUACAUACAUGCACGGGCGUGCAUAAUUAAUUUGUCAUGCAUAUUGGCUACUGGCACUUUCCUCUUAUCUCACUACCUAGUUUCUUCUCUACCGAUCCCUAACUACCUUCCUCAUUACUAUAUGGCUGGGUUUCCUUCUCUUGCUCUUGCUUCUCAUCCUCCCCUCAUAUCUCAUACCUAUAACUAUCACCUAUAUUCCCUUUCCCCCAUUACUACUCCGAGAUCCAUAUAUGCUCCUCCUACCUAUUGCUUUGUUCGUGUGUUUCCUUUUUUAUCACCCUCUAUUUCACACUGUGAUUCGGACCAUGCCAGCCAGAUGACAGUUUUGAUGGUGUCCUUCUAUAAAUGCCAUGAGCGGGAUGAUAAUGGAACGGAUGUCUCGGUUGAAAAUGAUUGA